UAUGAUUUCAUGGGGUUAAAAUAAAAUAUUUUUUAAAAUGUACCAUAUUAUUCGCCACAAUUCUCUCCAAUCAUCUUUCAGUGCUGCAUACUUAGUUAAAUUAAAAACCGGAGCCAUUACAUCUAAAAAUUGAGUGCCAAUGUUUCAAUAAUAAGUGUAAAACUCACACGUUACAAUAUCGCUAGUAGCUUACCAUAUUUAGUUAAUUAUAACGCUAGUCAGUUAAAGUUUAUCAACAAAUGAUGCGAUAAUAUUUAUCUAAGUUAUGUAUAACUACGACUUGGAAGAACGAAAAAUGAAUAGUUCUCUCCGGGACUGGCGCAAAGCGCUGCGUACUCCUGCCACAUACAGGGUCGGUAACGCCGUGACAUUGCAGCCACGCUUGUUAUUUUUAGUCGGAAUGAUUGCCGCAUUUCUCUUAAUAUUAUUUUAUUGUAACUGGACGAGCAGCCAGCCACAUGUUAUACAGAAAUGGAGUAGUAUAUCAAGGCCAUAUAAUGCUACUUAUCCAUUGACGAAACCAGUGGUGUCAGGGGACGUGGUGACGUUUAGAAUUGGUAUAGUGGCGGAUAUGGAUACUAAUUCGAAGAGCAGUACACAUCCGUAUACAUUCCAUAGUUAUUUCAAGAAAGGGUUGCUGCAUUACGACCCGGUGAAGAAGCAAGUGACGGUGGUGUGGGACAGUCAGCCAGCGACACUUCUCUCUACUUAUUCUCACAAGGGUAGAGGAAUGGAGCUGUCCGAGCUGAUUGUGUAUGAUGGGAGACUACUGACAUUUGAUGACAGAUCAGGAAUGGUAUUCGAAAUAGUGAACAACAAAAUGAUACCAUGGGUGAUCCUGAUGGACGGAAAUGGUCAUGUAGAGAAAGGUUUUAAAACGGAGUGGGCAACGGUGAAGGAUGAAAUACUUUACGUCGGCUCCAUGGGUAAAGAGUGGACUACCGCUGCCGGAGAUUUCCAGAGUUAUGACCCUAUGUGGGUGAAGGUCAUUAAUAUUCAUGGAGAGGUCCAGCACUUAUCCUGGAUAAACCAAUACAAAGCCAUCCGGAGCUCAAUCAAAAUCAAAUGGCCAGGUUACAUGAUUCACGAGAGCGGAGCCUGGUCGUCCGCUACCCACGAGUGGAAGUUCCUGCCGCGGCGGUGUAGCAAGAUGUCUUAUAACGAGACUAUGGAUGAACUCAUGGGGUGUAACUAUCUUAUUAGCGCGGAUGCGGCUUUUGAGAAGAUUGAGGCUGUAGAGAUAACAAAACACCAGCACAAACUCGGUUUCUCCUCGUUCAAGUUCAUCCCUGGCUCCAACGACGAGGCCAUAGUAGCCCUAAAAAGCACAGAGUUCGAGGGCAAGACAGCCACAUACAUAUCAGCCUUCAGAACUGAUGGCACGGUGUUAUUGCACGAUACCAUAGUAGAAAACUUAAAGUAUGAGGGGCUAGAGUUUAUAUAAAUAUAUAGUAAAUAGGUAUUUGUAUAUAUGUAUAAUAAACGUUUAGUUUUGUUA